UUCAGACAUACAACAUAUAGCAGUUACAGACAGGCAGUUAAUGUAUUGCACUCUUUAUAUAUGUACUCUUCCCAAUAUGUAUUGCAACUGCUAGGUUUUAUUUUAUCUUAUCUGAUGUCCUAGUGAAACAAAAUUCAUGUUGUUGCAAUGAGGGAUUCUAUAGGUCUAUAGUUUUUUUUUCAUACCUUGGAGACUUAGAUGACAUUCCAACUUCCUGAAAACUAUUAAUUGCGAUUCCCUACCUGUACACCAGAUGCCCUCAUAAUCUUUCACUAGACUCCCUAAUUCACCUGCUCACCUGUUCUCAUUUCCCUCAUCAGUCACUCACUACAAAUGCCAGCCCAGAGACUUUGUUCUGCAUUUCUGUUGACCAGUAUCAACAUCUGUUUAUAAGCUCUCAGUAAUGGUGAAAAUUGAAUUAUAACAAUAUGAUUAUGACUUAUCAUUGAAUUGUAACAGGUGCACCCCCAGUUCUUAUUUGGUUUCGACCGUGGAAGACCCAGGUGAGACUGGAUAUCUUUCACUUCAUGAGGCGAUUCACCUGUGGUCUCACGACAGAGCACCACCCUCUGUAUGGCAUUUUCUGCUCGAAAUUGUCCAAUUGCAUUUUUGAGUGGGACCAGGAUGACAUCGGCCGCCUCAAAGAAGCCAAAAGGUCAGAACUGAAAAAAAAGCAUACUGGUCAUGCUCCCACAGAAGUGCAAGUUCUGGCCAACAUCAGCUCCAGUGAACUGGCCAGGCAUUGCAGAAGGAGAACUCGUGGGGUUGAGGAAAUCCGUGGUCUGAUUGACGGAUUGCUGAAGUCCAUGUGGGAGCUGACAGACUCCUCAGGUUUACGCCUGAUUAACCCUGAGAGCAUGGCAAAUGUGUGGGCAGUGCAACAGAAACAUUUGCCAUGCAUCCAAGAUCCACCCGGUGUUGAACUCUACACGAAACGUGGCUCAGGGUUACAAAAGGGAGACAAGGUUCUGGAUGUCUUGAGAUGUGCCAGAGGGUCCUCUUCUGUGGAGAGCUUUCAUCGCCACCAGUGCACCUUUAUCCCAGGCUGGAGAUGUAACGCGAUGCACACUCAAAUGUACAUGCUUGAGGGUGGUUCCAGAUGGAACAUGAACCGAGCCCAUGCAGCUGUGGAUGUGAGUGGUGCAUCCAAUACCAAGAUCUACGACGUCCGCCUGAUGUCAAACCUAAAUGCCCUCAGCAACAGAGUCCUUGGUUGUGCACUCCUGCCAGAAUUCACUCCCCCUGGAAGACCCACUGAUGAGCGUGUUGCUGUGGAAUAUUUGCUGGCUCAGUCUGACAGAGGGGACCUGCUGGGUCCACAACGGCACGGUGAACUUGGCCUCAUUUUGCCAGACCUCCAGGUACAAGUUCAGGAGGAGGAGUGUCUUGAUAUCACAAUAAGUGAUGCAGCUGAGAUUCUCAAUGAGAGCCCACCUGAAGCCCCCCGGUGUGAAGAUGAGGUGGACAAUUCACCUCCUCACCGUCCUCUUCCCCAUGACAACUCACCCAACACAUCAUCCCAGGAUAGCCAAUGUGAUGUGAGAGGUGUUCCUGGUUGGGAGGCGGUUGAUAACUUGGCGGAGUACCUGGUCAACCUCAACCGCACAAUAACUGCGCUGUCAACUGCAGAGGUAGCUGAGAUUGUGCGCCUGUAUUCCAGCCUGGAUGCCAUGGAUAAAUCGCCCUCCAAAUACACUCUCAAAUGCAAGAAGAAGACCUUGACAGGGCCGUGGAGAGCUUCCAGAAAACGUAGUGGCUCUGCACCUGGUCAACAAGCAGCUGAAAGACUAUUUAUGACCCAUGGCCAGGCGGCACAGAGGCCUGAUAUGAACAGAGUCUCUGAAUGUGUUAACAUCAAGCUUUUGAAGGAGUACCAGCAAGCCAGAAAUAGGCCAAAAGACUGCAAAGGGAAAACACUGCCAAUUCCACAGUCGAUUGUGCAAACAUACUGCCAUAUAAAACAACUGCUGGAAGACAGCCGGGUUAUCCAGGACCAGACCAACUUGGUUCUGGUAACCAUUAACAACACAACAGUGUCUUCUUGGUUGCAUCAAAGACAGAAAAGGGCUGACCGGGACUCACUUUUGAAGGAGGUACAGCUUCCCCAGGUCUCUGCAGCUAGGGAGUCCUUGCCAAAAGCAAGAGAACUCCCGUCUGCACCUGGGGAACAUGGACAUUUGGUGAUGGAGUUCCAGGAGCCAGAGAAUAAGGAGGGCCAGGCAGUGAUACGCCGGCGCCAAAGCGUCAAAACUGGCUGUCCUCCUAGGUUGUUGCCUGGUUCUUCUGCCUCCUCCUCCUCAUAUGAGCAGGGUCCUCUGCCGCCUGCCCCAUCACCAUCACCUGCCUCCUCCUCAUAUGACCAGGGUCCUCUGCCGCCUGCCCCAUCACCAUCACCUGCCUCCUCCUCAUAUGACCAGGGUCCUCUGCCGCCAGCCCCAUCACCAUCACCAUCACCUGCCUCCUCCUCAUAUGAGCAGGGUCCUCUGCCGCCUGCCCCAUCACCAUCACCUGCCUCCUCCUCAUAUGACCAGGGUCCUCUGCCGCCUGCCCCAUCACCAUCACCUGCCUCCUCCUCAUAUGAGCAGGGUCCUCUGCCGCCUGCCCCAUCAUCAUCACCUGCCUCCUCCUCAUAUGAGCAGGGUCCUCUGCCGCCUGCCCCAUCACCAUCACCUGCCUCCUCCUCAUAUGACCAGGGUCCUCUGCCGCCUGCCCCAUCACCAUCACCUGCCUCCUCCUCAUAUGACCAGGGUCCUCUGCCGCCUGCCCCAUCACCAUCACCUGCCUCCUCCUCAUAUGACCAGGGUCCUCUGCCGCCUGCCCCAUCACCAUCACCUGCCUCCUCCUCAUAUGACCAGGGUCCUCUGCCGCCUGCCCCAUCACCAUCACCUGCCUCCUCCUCAUAUGACCAGGGUCCUCUGCCGCCUGCCCCAUCACCAUCACCUGCCUCCUCCUCAUAUGACCAGGGUCCUCUGCCGCCUGCCCCAUCACCAUCACCUGCCUCCUCCUCAUAUGACCAGGGUCCUCUGCCGCCUGCCCCAUCACCAUCACCUGCCUCCUCCUCAUAUGACCAGGGUCCUCUGCCGCCUGCCCCAUCACCUGCCUCCUCCUCAUAUGACCAGGGUCAUCUGGCACCAGCCCCCACUCCUGCCUCAUCAUUGUACUGGCAGAGUCCCCCUCCACCAGCCUCUACUCCUGCAUCAUCAUCCUGGCAGUGUCCCCCUCCACCAGCCCCUACUCCUGCCUCAUCAUCAUCCUGGCAGAGUCCCCCUCCACCAGCCCCUACUCCUGCCUCAUGGUACUGGCAGAGUCCCCCUCCACCAGCCUCUACUCCUGCAUCAUCAUCCUGGCAGUGUCCCCCUCCACCAGCCCCUACUCCUGCCUCAUCAUCAUCCGGGCAGAGUCCCCCUCCACCAGCCCCUACACCUGCCUCAUGCCCCUACUCCUGCCUCAUCAUCAUCCUGGCAGAGUCCCCCUCCACCAGCCCCUCCUCCUGCCUCAUGGUACUGGCAGAGUCCCCCUCCACCAGCCUCUACUCCUGCAUCAUCAUCCUGGCAGUGUCCCCCUCCACCAGCCCCUACUCCUGCCUCAUGGAACUGGCAGUGUCCCCCUCCACCAGCCUCUACUCCUGCCUCAUCAUCCUGGCAGUGUCCCCCUCCACCAGCCCCAUACCCUGGCUGGUCCUCACAGCUGCCACCACCUCCAACAUCCGGGCAGUCAUUGGCCCAGAAAUGACAAAGACAGGUAAACCUGACAGUUACUGGGCAUCUAUCCUGCACCAGUAUGCCCAGGGGAAAUACAAAUUUACUACUGGCAAGAAACCGGGGGCCAGGAAAUGGAAGGCUGUAAUGAAGCGCAUCGACACCUGUCCACUGACUCCCGUCUUCAACCAAAGACCUCGGGAAUACACCAUCUUUGGGAAAAAAAUCCUUUGCCAAUGUGGCUAUCAUAAGUCAGCUGAGCAGGCAGGUUCCUCAGGGAGCCAGCAAACAGAGGGAGAGAGCGGCUCAAUUGCAGGGAGGCCACAGACAGCCCCCGCAACGCAGAGCAGUUCAGCUGCCUCCGCAACGCAGAGCAGUUCAGCUGCCUCCGCAACGCAGAGCAGUUCAGAUGCCCCCACAAUGCAGAGCAGUUGGAGCAGGUCAGCUGCCCGCGCAACGCAGAGCAGUUCAGCUGCCUUCGCAACGCAGAGCAGUUGGAGCAGGUCAGCUACUUCCGCAACGCAGAGCAGGUCAGCUGCUCCCGCAACACAGAGCAGCUUGAGUGCAAGUAGACAGACUGCAGCACAGAUUAAGUGUGCUCUUUGUAGCAUUGACAUUAGUGGUGACAAGUUCUCUGAACACCUAUCUGACUUCCACACAGACGAAUGUUGUGAGCAGUGUGGAAGAAAGGUAAGUGGUGCAGUUGGGCUGCUCCACCAUAUUGAGGAACACCAUCAUAAAUUAUCAAAACAACCUCAACUACCAUGCCCACCACCACCACAACAACCUCCACCACCAUCACGACAACAACCGCCAUUUCCACCACCACAACAACCUCCUCCUCCUCCUCCUCCCACAUCUCCACAUGUGAUCAUCCUGAGGCCACCGGAGGUCAAUUGGGUGAGUUUUCUCCCCAAACAGUUCAUGCGGGUAAUCCAACCAGCCGACCGGGAGUGGAUUGCCCAGUGCCUUUAUGACCCCGCAGGACAGCUGAAACAACAGUUAUCACAAAACUGGUUCCAUCCACCCAAUCCACCAAAACCAGCAACAACACUACCUGAUCCAAUGACAUACUUCAGGCAGCGGAUGUUUCUGUGGGCACCGAUGCGGAUGUGGGGUAUUCCACUUAAGUGCCAUCAGUGCAAUACUAAGAUGCACCACUCCGGCAUUUACACAAAGGUACGGGAGGUCAUUGACCUUGACUCCAGGUACUACUUGGUCGGCGGAGAAUAUCCUCGGUGCAUACUGAGAUGUUAA